AUGCCUUGUUGUGUAGCCAUCGGGUGUUCAAACUCCGACAAAAAAAGGUAUUUAAUGAAACAUUUUCCCAGAGACCCUAUUAGGAAAAAGCUUUGGAUGGCCAAAAUAAAAAGAGAUAAAUGGACACCUUCACAACACUCUUGUAUAUGUGAGGUUCAUUUUGAAGAAAAUAUGUGGGAGAAGACUAGGGAAGAUGGAAGUAGCCGUUUAAAAUGUAAUGCUUUCCCAACAUUGUUUUCAUUUACAAAAAUUAUAAAACAAAGAAAGCCUAAUUUGGAAAGAUCUAAUGUUUCACAUCCAUACCACAUCCAUAUGAUUCAACUCGAAAAAUUUACAUUGUUCCAGAUCCAGUACAUCUUUUUAAAAUAUGAAGAAGAAUAUGUUGAUGACUAA